AAAAUUAAACCUACGCCUUCACAUCUCCUCUACACCCGGCCGCCGCUGUGCUCACCACUCCGCCCCCGCGCUGCCUCGCGCCUGCACAGCCGCGUCGCGGAUCUGCUCUCUUUCUCUGUGCUUAACUUCCAAAUUGCAGACAUGAUCACAUAUAUAAUGCUAUGAUUGAUGGAUACUGUAACGUCAACAAAACACUCUUGAGUUCCCAUUGCCAUAUAGGGAGGUUCAGAGAUGCAUUUGAUUAGUUUGUAAAUAUGGGAAGAACUGACUUAUAGUCAACAUAAAUUCCAUCCAACAGUUUGAAAGAAAUGGCAACUUCGGAUAGUAAUUUAAGCAUGUCUCCUCCCAGUUCUUACAGUGCGGUGGUUCUAGGUGGCACCUUUGAUCGCUUGCAUGAUGGCCACCGCCAAUUUCUUAAGGCCGCGGCAACAUUAGCCAAAGAUCGAAUUGUGAUUGGUGUCUGCGAUGGCCAUAUGCUUGUUAAUAAGCAGUAUUCUAAUCUGAUUGAGCCUGUUGAAAAAAGAAUGAAAAAUGUUGAAGAUUACAUAAAGUCUGUAAAAUUGGAGCUUGUGGUGCAAAUAGAGCCAAUUGCGGAUCCUUAUGGACCUUCUAUAGUCGAUGAAAAUUUGGAGGCUAUCAUUGUCAGUAAGGAAACAUAUCCAGGAGGACUAUCUGUCAACAAGAAGAGGGCUGAGAGAGGUCUUUCGCAGCUAAAGAUUGAGGUUGUCGAUUUAGUCCCUGAAGAAUCGACUGGGGAGAAAUUGAGUUCUACUGCAUUGAGAAAAAUGGAAGCUGAGAAGGCAAGGAAGCUUCAGUUAGAAGGUCAGCUUUAAUCCAUGUUGUCUAUAUAAAUUCUCAGAUGUGCAGAUGCAGUCAAUGAAUAAUUCAUCAAUACCCAGAAAAAUAUUCUUAAUAUUUUUUACUUGAUUGUUCAAACAAAUUCCAGAUAGAAAAUUGUUUUCACUAAAGCUGUAAUCUUUACUCAAAUCAGCUGAAAAAGUUCUCAAUGUUCUUGUUCAUAGUCUUUACAUGUUAUUUGAAUAAAAAAAUUUCCAUUGUAAAUGUUA